AUGGACCACUCUCUUCAUUCUAUGGACCACAUGGACCACAUGGAUCCAAUGGAUCCCAUGGAUCCCAAGCCAAUGUGCAAGAUGUCGAUGCUGUUGAAUGCAGACUACAAGAACGUUUGUGUUUUGUCGUCGUCAUGGCAAAUUACCUCGUUCACUUCACUUAUAUUUACUCUUAUUGCCAUCUGUUUGAUAUCAGUUGGUUACGAGUUGCUGAAAAACUGGACUCUCAGAUGGGAAUCCCGCGCAUACAAGCAGCCAGCAUUCACCGGCAACGCUUUGACGGUCUACAAGGCCAAGAGCUCACUCUUGUACGGGCUUGCUGCGUUCUACUCGCUGAUGAUCAUGUUAAUCUUUAUGACUUAUAAUGUCUGGCUGAUGGGCGCCGUGGUGGUGGGCAGCGUUGUUGGCAGAUACUUCUUUGGGUUCACGGAAACCGGUACCGCGCUGCCAGGGUCGGUCGGAUGCCACUAA